AUGGAACACUUUUUCCAAGGAUGCAGCGAGUACCUGGCUUCCGCGUCUACCAGACUUGAUCCUGGACGCGCUGCUCAAUUCGGACUCUCUUCGAAUUUCGGAGCCCUCAACAUUUCUGACUCAGACUCUGAGGCUUCUGAGGCUGAAGAGAUCGAAAAGAAGGAGACCGAAUCUGCUCCCAAGAAUGCCCAUCCUAAGUUGGAGAAGAUGAGGAAGGAGUUGGGCGCUAUCGGAGGCGCUGGACACUUCUUUGAGGACGAUCGGGAGGUCUGGAAAGGUGGAGUAAGAGAUGGGGUGAACGCGAUGAAAAUCCGCAAGGUGCUGAAGCUGUUUUCGCUUGGCGAACGAAAGGUCAACCUCAAGUUCAAGUGCAAUGUUGACUUCGAAGUUGAUCAUGCCGGAUGGAAGCUUCAGUUCAAAAAUGCUAUUCCACAGGAAGGAGGCGAUGGGAACUAUUAUCUUUGGCUUUCCAACAAAGACGGAGGCGUUCCCUUCAAGGCCGUGGUGGAGCAGCUCAACAGCAACUUCGGAAAAGUGCACCAUCGACACGAACUCGUCAGCGAAAAGGAUGAAAAGGGCCAGCUCGUCAAGCACGAAGAUGGACCCUCGGGCGCCUUCAUCCGAUACAACAUCACUCUUCUCGAGCCCUCCGAGCUCGAAGAAAUGAGAAAGGAGUUCAAAUCGGUGGGCACGAUUGGAGAAGCCGGGGAGCAGCUGCGAAAGAACUUGGUUGGAUACGAAGCCGCCCGCCACCAGAACUUCACCAAUGUGCUCAAGCAGCUCGGCCUUGGAAAGCGCAACUUCGAUCUCGAGUUCCGGGUGGGCGUUCUCGACGAUGGAGAAAACUGCGAGAUCACCGAGGGCGAUUGGAAGCUUCGCUUCUCGCUUGGUGGACUUUUGCCGCCGAUUGUGAGGGCGCACAAUGUCCGAAUCUCCCACGAGCAGACCUUCUGGCUCUCUUUUGGGCUCUCUAAGAGAGGCGAAGGAGUUCCGUUCAAAGCGCUGGCUGAUGGCGUCUUUUUCUUCAGCAAGAAGGAGGGAAACUCGCAUUGCGUGAAGAUCCGAACGGUGCCCUUUGGAUCGCUCCGAGUCAUUGUUGAAUUACGAAGCCUUUUAAAAGCGCCAGAGCAACUGGGCAUCGAGGAGUAUCGGCAGUGCGCUCUCUCACAGCUUGAGUUGUUGCCGGAUCUCGCUCGAGUCCUCGUGUAA